AUGUUCGCCGGCAGCAGAUCCUCCGUACGAUUAUGUCUCGUUAUUUUCUGCUGUCUCGUUGCAUCGGCACUGGCGAUCGAGGAGUCGUCGUCGAACGAGGCCAAAUUAACGUCGUUUAUGGAUGAUUUAAAUCGUCGGGACUCGAUCGAGAUAGUACCGAGCAUCGUUAGUUUGGACAAAAUUACAGAAGUAAACGAGACGAGCGAGAAAAAUAUCGAGGAAGAUCCGUUGAUGCGAAGGAUCGAUGCUUUUUUCGACAGCAGACGACUGUCGAUUCGAUUUCCCAGCGACGGAUCGUCCAGCGAUUUGUUCGGUCGAGCUUUGGGACGAAAGAGUUACAGCUUCGAAAUGAGGGGUCUGAUAAGCGGAGCUUCGGAACCUCGCACCAAGCUCAAGCGAAUCAUCGUGCCCAUCCUCCUCGCCCUGAAACUGAAGGCAGCCAUCGUCCUGCCGAUCAUGCUGACUCUGAUCGGCCUGAUCGGCAUCAAGGGCCUCGGCGCGGGUGUGCUGGCGCUGCUGCUCUCGGGCGCCGUGGCUCUCAAGGCGCUUCUCACGCCCUCGCACAUCCCGACCUCGUAUCAUCCGGCCAGGAUUACUUACGCGGCCAAACCCUACGUGGACGAUCAUUACGACAUUUACGAUCAUCAUCACGAUCAUCAUGGCGCUGGCGGCUGGCACAGAUCGCAGGAGGAUCUGCUGAGUCAGCCGCAGAUUCACGCCUGGACACCGGAACUCGUCGGUCUGCACCAGGAGCAGCAACAGCAUCAACAACAGUAUCUGCACGGCUAUCCGGAGCUGCCGGUGUGA